GCCCCCCUCAGCAACCAUGUCGCCCGUGAACACCACCCGCAGCAUAGAAACUGGCUUCCCCCAGUUCCCUCGCCUCCCCCAAGAAAUCCAAGACAUGGUAUGGGCCUUCGCCAACGAGUCCUACAUCCAAAACCUCUACUUCCACCCGAAGCACCAGCCUUUCUGGUCUAAAAGUCGUAUCGUCCGCCUCAUCAAAAAUACUUUCUCCUGCAACCGAAGCCCACAAGAAGAAAUGAUCCAUCACGUCUCCCACGCCUGCUCCGCCUCGCACGCCCAAGCUGCACGCCACUGCCUGUUCUCCGUCACGGACCCCCGUGUUGACCCUCAACUCCUGCAAAGUCCCCACUUCCGCCAGUUCUGUGGCGAGAUCCGCGAAGUCAUCAUGAACGCGCGGGAGAUCAUGGCGUACGAGGAUGCGUAUCAGGGCGUCAUCGAUACUAUGAGGGAUCGAUCCCUGUUCCCGCAGUUAAGGAGAGUGCAUCUGGGCGAGACAGUGCGGUACUGGGACAGUGGGGACAUGUUCCAGUCGCGGCUGGACGAAUGUGGAGGAGAGGAGGAUUAUGGACCGUAUCUUAUAGGCUGGAAGGAUUUCACUAGGUUGAUUAACUCCAAGGCAAAUGAUUCGAGGUAUUUCAAGUUGAAGCUCCGGGAAAUGAGGGAUGGGAUUGCCGGGGACUUGGGGUGGUUGCAGUAUAAGUGGUUGGAGGGAUCGUACCAGGGUGCGGUUUUGCAGGAUGAGGAGGAUGAGGACGAUUCCCAGAGGAGGAGGGAAGAGCAACAACAUAUACUGGAAACCAUGCCUAAGUUCGUCGAGGAUAUUUUCUAUCUUCCGACUCCUCCGACACAGCCUGUUAACACAAGUUGCUUCGGGAAGAUAGCUCAAGUUGGUAAACAGGUGUGGGAUAAGACCUUGGCAAUGUACACCAACUAUCUAGAAUAUGGGAGCUUUUACUGA